ACGGCGGAAGUAAUGGAGUAAAACAUUGUUAAAUUGUGCGGGAAAAAAACUAAAAAUAUCUUCCAGAAUGCUUUAGUUUUGCAUCUUAAAAGCCCAUAUUAACAACUUAAUCCACUUGCAUAUUUUAUUGGCUUUUUAAGACCAUGAGCGGGGGAGAAACGUCUGAUAUUUUGGAAAACAAACGAGCUGAUCAUGUGACAGGUGACGAGGUGGAGAAGAAAGAAGAUCGUGUAAGCGUGGAGAAGGAUGAACUGCCAGAUGAAAUCAAGGAAUCCCAAGAUGAAGGGAGCUUAACUGCAUCAGAAUUAAAAGCUGAGCCAUCAGAGAAGUGUGUUAGUCAUGAACUACAGCUUGAGCCAGAGGCUCACAGUAUGGAUCAUGUGGAAAAGCAUGAUGAUCAAUUGGCAAAGUCAAGUAAGGAUCAGGGCCAAGUGCACGACAAUAUUCAGACACAAGCCGAGGUUGUACAAAAUCAGCCACCACCCCCUCCCUCUGAGGAAAAUUUGUCAUCCAGCCCAAAUAAACUGUGUGCUGAUUCAAGUGAUCAUAAAGACAAUGAGACUAAAGAAGAACACAAUAAAGUUCAUAGUAGAAUGACAGCAGAAAGUUUUACCGACACUUACGAUGUUAUUUCAAGAAAAGAAGUCCAAAAUUUGAAUAAAUGGGAGAGUAUCCACCAGGACUGUCUCUCAGAGAUCCCUCCAAUUGAUCCUGGUGCCUUGCAAGACAUUGAAAGAAAAGCAAAGGAGGUUGCAAGUAAUUUGGACCAUUUAUUACAUACUUUGAAUAACAGUCUCAAGUCUAUGUCUGUUGUAGGGGUACAGGGCACGGAUACUUAUAAGUCCACUGUUGAAAAUGCUGAAGUAACAGUAGAUGCUUCUAUUAAGAGCAUGCAUGCCUUGAUAGCCAAGUGCGAAGAGCUUCAUUCUUAUAUGGGACCUCUUUAUUCAAUGUCAGCUCAGAUCAAGGACAUCAAAAGAACAUUGGAUGUAUUUGAGUCUGUAUGUAAAUAGAUUAAAGGGUGUGCAUGUUCCUUAUUGUGGUCCAGUAGUAGAUUGUAGGCACCUGCAGUCAUAUUUGCCUUCAGCAGUCAUAAUUUCACUAGCUCUACAGAAUACACUUUUUUUUUUACACG